AUGACGGCCUAUCAUCCCGCGUCUAACGGGAUGGUAGAGCGCCUACACAGACAACUAAAGGCAGCGACCAAGAGUCAUGAUACGAGCAACUGGGUCGAAAUUCUCCCGAUUGUUUUGUUAGGCAUUCGAACCGCGAUAAAGGAGGAUCUUAACGCAACGGCGGCCGAAAUGGUUUACGGCACAAGCAUACGAUUGCCGACAGAAUUUUUCUUGCCAUCAGAGCAGCAAGCCAAUUCAGAAUAUGCGAACCGGCUUAAAGAACAAAUGGGGAAGGUCAGGCCACAUCCGGUCACGCGUCAUGGCGAAAAUAAAAUUUUCGUUUUCAAAGCAUUAGAAUCGUCGCCGUAUGUUUUCUUGCGCUAUGACGCGACAGGGGGCCCUUCACAGCCUCAGUUCGACGGACCGUUUAAGGUUGUAAAAAGAAACGAGAAAAACUACAUAAUUAAAAUAAACAAUCAUGACGUAACGGUUUCCAUAGAUCGACCAAAACCUGCGUUUAUUGUUCCGGACAACCUAGAAGAAGAAACCGCCGAAUCUUGUAACAUACUGAUUCCUUUAGGUCAGACGAACGCGCGCGACGGAAACGGCACAAACAACAACGAUCGAACCGCGGAAGAAAACACCAGAAACAGGUACGUUACGAGAUCUGGACGAAGAGUCCGUUUUCCCGAUUGGUAUCAGGCAGGUUUCGGGUAA